AUGCUAUAUGUAUGUAAAAUGAUACCGAAUAACACAUAAAUGUUUAAUAAAGACAAUUAAACACCCGCACGGAACAGCACCGCCGUCGUUUCGAAGCCUCUCCCCACAUCUGUCCGACCUGUCAGGCGGCUACUAGCAGCAGCUAGCGUUAGUCCCAAUGACAGUCAACUGCACCGGUUAUCACGCUGGCUAACCACGGCUAGCUCUUGUAGCUCGGAUCGUGACACCGACAAACGACACAAGAUUGUUAAAAAAUAAUCAUCCGCAUUUCAUCGCCUUUCACUUUCUUACCUGUGAGGAUCCCCACUCGGGUCUGAUGGUCGUGGUUGUCUAUUCAAGUGAAAUUUAAAUACAGGAUACGUAUUUACCCACCUGCCUUUACAACUCCUGGAACUGCGCAUGCGCGAACUGUGUGGACUGUUAUCGUCAUAGCAACCGGAGUCGCCGAUCAACAUGGUGGGAAAAGCAACAACAUUAAAGGAAGCACUGGCCAAAUGGGAGGAGAAAACCGGGGAGAAGUGCGGUGAGGCCACGGUUGUAAAGCUAUAUAAUCAAAUCCCCCCUCUGGAAAAGCUGGAUAACACCCUCAGCAAAAUACCCAAAUGCGAAAAGCUGUGUCUGUCCACCAACUGCAUUGAUAAAAUAACCAAUCUGGGUGACCUGAAAAACCUGAAGAUUUUGUCAUUAGGAAGAAAUAACAUCAAGGCCUUCACUGGUCUGGAUCCGGUCGGGGACACAUUGGAAGAGUUGUGGAUCUCUUACAACCUGAUCGAGAAGAUGAAGGGAGUUCACAUUUUGAAAAAACUGCGUGUUCUCUACAUGUCCAACAACCUGGUGAAAGAUUGGGGAGAGUUUUCAAAGCUGGCUGAUCUGCCGUGCCUUGUAGACCUGGUCUUUGUAGGAAAUCCUCUAGAAGAGAAACACACGCCUGAUGGAUCAUGGAUGGAUGAAGCUUCCAGAAGGUUACCCAAUCUGAGAAAACUGGAUGGGAUCCCUGUCAUCAAACAAGGAGGGGAUGAUGACGAAGACGGCUGAGUGGCUUCACGACUUUGUUGUCACCAUCUUUGUUGACAUUUUUCAUUCUAUCCCUUUGGUUAUUCCAUGCAACCAGUUGCUGUAAUUCUGCUACCAUCCUAAACAGCCGAUGUGAAAAUGUGAUAUUUAAGCGAAAUGAAACAUCUGACAAUGCUUGACACAAGUCAUUUCUUAACCUUUCUUACAAAAUUUCAUCCAAAAGUAAGUGAUAAUGUUGUCUAUAUCUACAAGA